UCCAAAAGACCCGCCCCUCGCGCCAGACGUUCCCGAUGCUCCCGACGAUUCACAGCGCCAGCCACCCGACUGGCCCUCCUCCUCAAAGCGCAAACUCGACGACUCUGACGCUGAUACCGCCGACCCACAUACAAAAAUCAGGCGCAUCGUCCGUGACCAUGUCUCCCAUGACCCUUCUCGUGUCGUCCCAAUGACCACCGUUAUCUGUCUCCAUGCAGCAGUCGCACAAAAGAGCUAUGGGAACGAAAAGCGCUUCCUCUGUCCACCGCCCGUCGUCCAUAUCGAGGGCCCUGUAUGGCAGAUGCGUUCUCAAAACCUAUCCAUGGCCGUCGUCAGUGAGACUGGCGAACGCAGUUUUGAGCAAAAAGCGCCUCUUGACGCCAAUAUGACUAGCAGCUUCAAGUUUCUCCAUGUCACGGGCAGCGCCAAAGCAAAGAGUUUCCAGCUUUCUCUUGACAUUGCGCAACCCGUCCCAGGGUCGUCUUCGUCACCAUCUGACUCUGACGGUCCGCCAGGCAGAGUAUGGGCUUCUUUUGACUCGGCCCCAGUCACCAUCAUCUCCAAACCAUCUAAAAAAACCGCAAAGACCCGCAACAUCAGCUCCUGCAUCCUCGUUGGCGGGCCCGUAUCUCUUUUCAAUCGCAUAAAUUCACAGACGGUGCGAACAAAGUACAUGACCAUCGACCACGCCCAGCUCUGCGCGAGCAACCUCGCGUGGUCCGCCUUCAAUGUCAAUGUUGUCAGCCGCCCCGCCGACACCGCCCACGUAAAUGGUGUUGCCGGCGCACCUACGCCAGUUACCUAUGGCAGCGAAAUUGUCCUCUCGGAUACCCAUUCUGGUAUCAGCACCUCUCCCCUUAUCAUCCGUAAGGUCGACAAGGGCCGUGUCUCAUCUGACGACGGCGGUCCCGUUAGCCAGAUGCAAAAGAUUGCCCUCCAGAAGGUGAAUUCUGACGGCACGAGGCAUUAUCUGAGCGCCGCUGGGCCUAUCUCGGGCCCACCAGGCAUUGUGCCUCCUCCUGGGCCCGGCAUGGCUUCUCAAGCCGGCACGCACCCUCUUCUUUUCCAAUCGGCUCGCGUCAGAGACGAACUGAAAGAUGGCGUCCACAUCUUGUCGGACGAAGUCGACGAUUACCUUUGUUGGACCAUUGUCGGUAUCAGCAAGUUCCAGUACACGUUCUUUGAUGCCCUUGGCCAGAACAAUACCGUCCCAGAGGUCCCCAUCACUCCAUUUCCCACCCUCUUCACUGCCCCGGUUUAUCGCACGGAGAAAAACACCGUUGAGCUGACCGUGUCCAACUUCUUCUAUGAGGACCCCAAAGGCAAGGGUGCCAUCCCAUUGGACAUCUACCUAGGGAAUCUAGGUCCUUUGAGGGCUAGAGUGUAUCAGCCGAAUCAGCCGGGUGUGCUCACCAGUGUCACUGGGUUUUCAGAGCAUCCGGGACCACCAGCAACCGAGCAGAGUCAGAGUCAGUUCGUCUCUUCUGGGGUGCUGCAUACAAUCGUAAUGGUCGAGAUGCCGCCUCUUAUUGACGUUCUUAAGGCUCUUGAGGAAGAUGCCCUUGCCCCAUCCGAGGGCAGUGUCGCAGGUCGAAGCUUACCUCUGCUCUUCAUCCGUUCGUGUGAUGGUGUUGGCUAUCAUUCGGGCAGAACCAUAAGUUGCGAAAACGUCUUUGGCGUAGAUACAGGAUGGGCGGGCGGCAGUAACAUUCCUAUCGAGGGCUGGACGCUGAGGGUUAUGUAAUGCUUUUUUUCCUUUUAUUUUUUGGUUAAUUCUUAUGCCUGUACUGUAUACUGUCCCGGUUUCAUGUUGUCGACUUUGCUGUGUUUUAUAUGUAUAUUAUACCCGGUGAUAACAUGGUGUGCGCAUGCUAUUUGCAUGCUAUAUGGACUACAGUUU